AUGGAGUUGCCUUCGUUCUUUCCUGUAGCGCGUUGUAUCGCUGCGAACACGGAAUCACUUCAAGACCUUACUGAACCGGCAAGCGCAGAAAUUGAUGUGGUAUACCGGUGUACACGUGGAAGAUAUCAACAUCUUGUACCGCCAUCGAAAGUGGCUAGAGUAAAUCGUUUCCGCUUCUCUGGUUAUGUAUUAAGGAGACCGGCAGAUCGCCUUGUUCAGCGAGUUCUGAGGAGUUUGUCGGGUUCGAGCUCGAAGAAGCCACCUGGCCGAAAACGGAAUUCUGGACUGAGGUAG